AGCGGCGCGGGACAGCAGCGGCGGAGGCGGCUGGGUGAAGAUGCGGGGCUCGGGGCCCCGGGGCGCGGGACGCCUGCGGUCCCCGGGCGGCGGCGACCCCCCCAGCACCCCCGCGUCUCUGGCAGGCUGCUGCUCCGCACCUCGCAGGGCCCCCCUCUGGACGUGCCUUCUCCUGUGCGCCGCGCUCCGGACCCUCCUGGCCAGCCCCAGUAACGAAGUGAAUUUAUUGGAUUCACGUACUGUCAUGGGGGACCUGGGAUGGAUUGCUUUUCCAAAAAAUGGGUGGGAAGAGAUUGGUGAAGUUGAUGAAAAUUAUGCCCCUAUCCACACAUACCAAGUAUGCAAAGUUAUGGAACAGAAUCAGAAUAACUGGCUUUUGACCAGUUGGAUCUCCAAUGAAGGUGCUUCCAGAAUCUUUAUAGAACUCAAGUUUACUCUGCGGGACUGCAACAGCCUUCCUGGAGGACUGGGGACCUGUAAGGAGACUUUUAACAUGUAUUACUUUGAGUCAGAUGAUGAGAAUGGGAGAAACAUCAAGGAAAACCAGUACAUCAAAAUUGAUACCAUUGCUGCAGAUGAAAGUUUUACAGAACUUGAUCUUGGUGACCGUGUCAUGAAACUCAAUACGGAGGUCAGAGAUGUAGGACCUCUCAGCAAAAAGGGAUUUUAUCUUGCUUUUCAAGAUGUGGGUGCUUGCAUUGCUCUGGUUUCUGUGCGUGUGUACUAUAAAAAGUGCCCUUCUGUGGUACGGCACUUGGCUAUCUUCCCUGACACGAUCACUGGAGCUGACUCUUCGCAGUUGCUCGAAGUGUCGGGCUCCUGUGUCAACCAUUCUGUGACAGAUGAACCACCCAAAAUGCACUGCAGCGCUGAAGGAGAGUGGCUGGUGCCCAUCGGGAAAUGCAUGUGCAAGGCAGGGUAUGAAGAGAAAAAUGGCACCUGUCAAGUGUGCAGACCUGGGUUCUUCAAAGCCUCACCUCACAGCCAGAGCUGCAGCAAAUGUCCACCUCACAGUUAUACCCAUGAGGAAGCUUCAACCUCUUGUGUCUGUGAAAAGGAUUAUUUCAGGAAGGAGUCUGAUCCACCCACAAUGGCAUGCACAAGACCCCCCUCAGCUCCUCGGAAUGCCAUCUCAAAUGUUAAUGAAACUAGUGUCUUUCUGGAAUGGAUUCCUCCUGCUGACACUGGUGGAAGGAAAGAUGUGUCAUAUUAUAUUGCAUGCAAGAAGUGCAACUCCCAUGCAGGUGUGUGUGACGAGUGUGGCGGUCAUGUCAGGUACCUCCCCCGGCAAAUCGGCCUGAGAAACACCUCUGUCAUGAUGGUGGAUCUGCUCGCUCACACAAACUAUACCUUUGAGAUUGAGGCAGUGAAUGGAGUGUCCGACUUGAGCCCAGGAGCCCGCCAGUAUGUGUCUGUAAAUGUAACCACAAAUCAAGCAGCCCCCUCUCCAGUCACCAAUGUGAAAAAGGGGAAGAUUGCAAAAAACAGCAUCUCUUUGUCUUGGCAAGAGCCAGAUCGCCCCAAUGGAAUCAUUCUGGAGUAUGAAAUCAAAUAUUUUGAAAAGGACCAAGAAACCAGCUAUACAAUUAUCAAAUCUAAAGAGACAACUAUAACUGCAGAGGGCUUGAAACCAGCUUCAGUAUACGUCUUCCAAAUUCGAGCACGCACAGCAGCAGGCUAUGGUGUCUUCAGUCGAAGAUUUGAGUUUGAAACCAUCCCAGUGUCAGUUGCAGCAUCCAGCGAUCAAAGCCAGAUUCCUAUAAUUGCUGUGUCUGUGACAGUGGGAGUCAUUUUGUUGGCAGUGGUUAUCGGCUUCCUCCUCAGUGGAAGUUGCUGCGAAUGUGGCUGUGGAAGGGCUUCUUCCCUGUGCGCUGUUGCCCAUCCAAGCCUAAUAUGGCGGUGUGGUUACAGCAAAGCAAAACAAGAUCCAGAAGAGGAAAAGAUGCAUUUUCAUAAUGGGCACAUUAAAUUGCCAGGAGUAAGAACUUAUAUUGAUCCCCAUACCUAUGAGGAUCCUAAUCAAGCUGUCCAUGAAUUUGCCAAGGAGAUAGAAGCUUCAUGCAUCACCAUUGAAAGAGUUAUUGGAGCAGGUGAAUUUGGUGAAGUUUGUAGCGGACGUUUGAAACUUCCAGGAAAAAGAGAAUUACCUGUGGCUAUCAAAACUCUGAAAGUCGGCUAUACUGAAAAGCAGCGCAGAGAUUUCCUGGGUGAAGCAAGUAUCAUGGGACAGUUUGAUCAUCCUAACAUCAUUCACUUGGAAGGUGUUGUGACCAAAAGUAAACCAGUGAUGAUAGUGACAGAGUAUAUGGAAAAUGGCUCUUUAGAUACAUUUUUAAAGAAAAACGAUGGGCAAUUUACUGUGAUUCAGCUUGUUGGCAUGCUGAGAGGCAUCGCUGCAGGAAUGAAGUACCUUUCCGACAUGGGCUACGUGCACAGAGACCUUGCUGCCAGAAACAUCUUAAUCAACAGUAACCUUGUGUGCAAAGUGUCUGACUUUGGACUUUCCAGAGUACUGGAAGAUGAUCCUGAGGCAGCCUACACCACAAGGGGAGGCAAAAUUCCAAUCAGAUGGACGGCUCCAGAAGCUAUAGCUUUCCGAAAGUUUACCUCUGCCAGUGACGUCUGGAGCUAUGGAAUCGUGAUGUGGGAGGUUGUGUCUUACGGAGAGAGACCCUACUGGGAGAUGACCAAUCAAGAUGUGAUUAAAGCAGUUGAGGAAGGCUACCGUCUGCCAAGCCCCAUGGACUGCCCUGCUGCUCUUUACCAGUUAAUGCUGGAUUGCUGGCAGAAGGAACGGAAUAGCAGGCCCAAGUUUGAUGAAAUCGUCAGCAUGUUGGACAAGCUGAUACGUAACCCAAGUAGCUUGAAGACGCUGGUUAAUGCAUCGAGCAGAGUAUCUAAUUUAUUGGCAGAACAUGGCUCACUGGGAUCUGGAGCCUACAGAUCAGUAGGUGAAUGGCUAGAAGCAAUCAAAAUGGGCCGGUAUACAGAGAUUUUCAUGGAAAAUGGAUACAGUUCAAUGGACGCUGUGGCUCAGGUGACCUUGGAGGAUUUGAGGCGGCUUGGAGUGACUCUUGUCGGUCACCAGAAGAAGAUCAUGAACAGCCUUCAAGAAAUGAAGGUGCAGCUGGUAAAUGGGAUGGUGCCAUUGUAACUUCAUUUCAAUGUCACUUCGUCAAGUGAAUGAUUCUGCACUUUGUAAACAAGCCUUGAGAUUUAUUUUAACAAAAAAGGGGAAAAAGGGAAAACUCAGUGAUUUCUAAACCUUAGGGAGCAUUUGUUUCAGCUA